AAAAAAAUCUUUCUGAUAAUAUAAACUGCGUAGCACUCAAGAAAAGCUAGCAGCCAUACUUGACGAGCGACAGAUUACGAGCAGCCACGACCCAAGCAGUUCCAGUUCUCUGUCAGGAUGUCAUCUCUUUUUGGUGGUAAAGUGGCGCUGGUCACAGGUGGUGGAAGUGGCAUUGGCCGAGCCGUCUGUCAGGUGUUGGCCAGGGAUGGUGCCAGGGUGGUAGUGGCUGACAUCAAUGUCCAGGGAGCCCAGGACACCCAUAGUAUGCUCCCUAAUCCUGGGGAUCACCUGGCUCUAUCCAUGGACGUAACAAAUAAGGACUCUGUAGACUCAGCCAUUAAAUCCAUCAUGGAGAAGUACCAGACUCCUCCCAGUCUCUAGCCAACUGUGCCGGAAUUAUGAAGAGUUCCCCAAUUUGUGAAA